AUGCCAUCUUACAUCGUCGUUGGCGCCUCCCGUGGCCUAGGCUACGCCUGGCUCCAAAACCUCAGUGCCUCCCCGUCCAACACCGUCGUCGGCCUCGUUCGCACUCCCACCCCCGUUAUCGAUCAGCUUGCCUCCGACAAGAUCUCCAACGUCCGGGUGCUUCCAGCCGACAUGACGGACCCCGUGUCUCUAAGUGCAGCGGCGGCAGAAGUCUCUAAGCUUACAAACGGCUCUGUCGACUACCUCAUCGUCAACGGCGCCUACCAGAACCACCCGGUCGCAUCGCUGACGCCCACGGCAUUCAUAGGGAAGGAAGAACUGUUGCGAGAAGAAAUGAGGACACAUGUUGACGUUAACCUGACUGGCGUCAUGUUUGCGAUCAAUGCGUUCCUGCCGCUCGUACGGCAGAGUAGCAUCAAGAAAAUCAUUGUGCUUACGAGUGGAUUGGCUGAUCUCGAGGGUACGAAGUCGGGCGGGCUUGCCUCGGCGGUGGUGUACAGCGCCCUCAAGGCGGCGUUGAACAUGGUUGUGCUCAAGUAUAGUAUUGAGUUGAAGGAGGAGGGUGUCGUGUUCCUGGCUUUAAGUCCUGGGGUCAUCAAUACGAGGCUGGAUACGCCUUCUGAGGAGGAUCUAGCUAGCAUGAUGGCUAUGAUGCAGAAGUUUCAGGCUCACUACCCCCAUUGGACUGGACCGAUGAAGGCGGAGGAGAGCGUGGCUAUGAUGAAGGAUGUCAUUGAGAAGGUGACUAUCGAGGAGAGCGGCGAAUUCUUGUCGCACAAAGGAAAUAAAGAGUGGCUUUAG